UCAUACAGCUACUAGUAAUGAUAUACACAAUAUAUGCAAGACUCGAGCUGUGCGAUAUAAAGGAGAUAGAAGAGAAUACUUUUGCUGAAAUACCAGGGGGCUUAUUAAUAAAUCCAGACGGUCCAUUAAACCCACUGAGAGGAUACAUUUUUCAUAAGAACGGAUUAAUACACAACAAAAGACUUCUUUCUUCUGGGAUAGAGACAGAUUAUAAUGUGAAGAUCCAUGGCGCUUUAACAGAGAGAACGCGCUGGUAUAAUUUCGUAUUCAAAAGAAAUUCAG